AUGGCCAAGGAGGAUGAGAGGUUCUGGGUGCAGCAAGAGGCUGAUGCGAAGAAAUUGCUUGACAAGAUGGACGAGCACCUUACGGAUGCUAAGGAAAGCUACAAGAAGGCUCGUGACUUGAUGCUGAUGGGUAUGGACCUGGUCGGUGGUGCUAUCCUUAUGGGCCUUGCUGAGGCUACUGGAACGGCACUCAACAAAUUCGCUGGGUCUAUGAAUCCGGUUGGAUCCGUUGGUGAAGCUUCCAAGGGAUUAUCCAGCUUGGCCAAAGACCUCAAGGCGGAGACAAAGUCGACACCAACGACGACAGCGACAUUGACAACGGACACAAGCGGAAACUCUAGCACGACCGCUGUGGCCACGACUAACCUUGGUGGUGAAGCGAAUGAGACUUCUCAGAAGCAAAAGGCCGAGUCGAAAAAGAAGCUUCUCACAUCCAAGCUUGCCGCCACCUUCAUCCGCGAGGCCAAGUCAAAGACUGAUGAGGCUACCAAAAGCAACAUAAAGCCCGAGCCCACAAAGCAGGCAACGGAGACAACCAGCCGUAGCAGCAGUGGCUAUGGCGAGUACGACCUCUCGGUCGAGGUCAUCAAGAUCAUCUUCGGCCUUCCGAAGGGCAUCAACUGGGACCUGGUCACCUCGAGCGACACUAACAAAGCCAGCGAGCUCGUCACCGCGAGCCACGCCCUGAGCCGUAUCCUGAAGAGUUUCAAGCCCCGCAAGGGAGGCCUCGCGUCACAGCUGUUGAUAGUUACCGUCGCCGAGACCAUCGGCGUUGCCGAGGAGCUCGAGGCUGAGGGGGCGAAAUCUACGCAACUCAGCAAGUGGGAGAAGCCGACCCGUCAGUCGGCAGUAUAUAAGGACUGGGACAACUGCAUCACCCGUUGCUCAACCAACGCCAUCGCACUCGACGCCGCUUUGCAGGCAGUGCCCGGCGGAGUCGGCACCCACGGCGUCUCGCUCACCACGCCCCAGCAGACACCUGAGGAGAAGAUUGCCAACAUGAACUGCAAGCAGUCCAUUGCGGAGCAGAAUGUCAAGUCGGCCACGCAGAAGCUCACCAGCACCCAGGAGACGUACAAGGCUACCCUCGACACAUAUCGUAAGACGGCCGAUAACCUCAAGGACGUCAAAGAGACGCUUCAGGCAGCGUGUGCAGAGAUCGCUGCGCUCGACGCAAAGAAACUGGACAGGAUCCGCAAGCUCGUCGUGUUCUUUGGCAAUCUGACGGCCAUGAUUGACAUGAGCAACGACGCCUUCUUCAACCAGCAGCGGCAGAUCUUAAGCGAGUAUAAUACCAAUGCAGAGGAGAUGGUGCACAAGAUUGUUUAG